GACACAAAUAGUUCAGAAGCCAAUCUAUACAGAAUGCGAAAGCCUUUGGUACUGUUUGCAGGAUUUAUGAAUAGUUUUUUGGGAACAAGCGUGGGAUAUUCCGCAGGCAUAAUUCACCUCGGGUUACUUGAAAAAUACCGAGAGUUUCCUAGAGAAGUAUCCUGGGCAGGGGCUCUGCUUACUAGUUUCUUCAGCUUGGCGGGUCCCCUAUCCAGUGCUGUAAUAAAUGGAUUGUCUUGUCGAUCUGCAAUCUUCCUUGGAUCUUUUCUUAGCUUCGCUGGUUUCUUCAUUUCAAGCUUCGUGUCUGACAUCAAGAUUGUAAUUAUUUGUUAUGGAAUCAUCGCAGGAAUUGGGCAGUCUAUGACAUAUUCGGGCACUGUCGUAGUCACAGGGUACUAUUUUAUUGACAAUCCCAGUUUGGCCACAGGAAUAAUUGCGACAGGAGCAGGUAUUGGGGUGACGGUUUAUCCUCUUUUCACAGAAUUCCUGAUUCAGACAUAUGGCAUCAGUGGAAGUUUCCUUCUCCUGUCGGCAGUCAGUCUACAAUCUUGUGUUUUUACUAUGUGUGUCAAAACUACGGAAUUAGAAAAGAAAAGAAAAGGAGAAAGAUCCGAGACUGUAACUAAACAGUUAAAAUGGGUUUUACUGGAAUUUCAAAGAAUAAUUUCCAACAGCGCGUUCUGUUUCUAUUGUGUGAGUAUUUUAUGCUGGAGCAUAAGUAUCAAUACAUCUGUUUUAUAUUUACCAGAAUACUACGUCAGCACAGGAUCUACUCAAACGCAAGCUGCCACUUUUAUGUCUAUAUAUGGUAUCACAGGUUGUUUAUCUCGAAUUCUUACUGGAUUAGCAGCAACAGACUUUAAUGUAGAUGGCAAAAUCCUAUAUAUGGGAUGUUUCUUUAUUCUAGGACUAUCUACAAUCUUUCUACCAGUGCUCGGAACUUUCUUUUCCGGAAAGGUAUUCUAUUCUGUCAUACUUGGUUUAUAUUCUAGUGGAGUGUGGUCCCUUUUGUCACCGAUAACCAUUGAAAUGAUAGGAAUUAAACAGCUGUCCACGGCUUUUGGAAUGGAAAUGCUCACGUGUGGCAUUGGAUUUCUGAUUGGUCCAGUCAUCGGAGAUCGCAUUAAGGAAGGGAGAGGGGGCUAUUCAAUUCUUUUUAUUAUUUCAGGGAUUCUAUAUAUGAUGGCAGCCGUAUUUGAAAUGUUUAUGAUAUUAAGGAUGAAAGGGUCUGCAUUCCAACACGCAAGACAGGAGGAAACAAAUUGUAUUGAAGUGGAGGAAAAAACGAAAAAGGAUGAAUUAAUUGAAAAAUCUAGUAAAUCGGAGUCACUCUUGGGAAGUUCUGAUGAUACAAAUUUGGAAGAACAACAGCAUUUAAACGACGGUGAUACUUGUUAAUAAACUAACUGUUUGUUUCGAAAUUAAAAAUCUUUGAUGACCAAAGGUUACUAAAUAUUUUGUCUAGAAAGUUUGGUAUUUUUGCAAUAAAAUGAUAAUAUUAGGAAAUGGCAAGAAUAAUGGGCACAAAUAGGAACAAAUAUAAAAAUCAGACAAACACUUAUUUACAGAUUAUACAUUUGCAGCCAACUUUAUAAACUUGGUCUGUCAAGAACAGAGGAAAUAAGUACUCCUUUUUUGUAAAAUAAGGCAUA